CGAAGGGCUUCGGCCUUUUCCCCUCUACCCCGGCUGUUAGUGCUGUGUGUGAGUGUGUGCUCCGGAGCCUGGCCUCGGCACACAUUUCUUAUUAUUAAAAAAAAUUAAAAAAAUAAAAAAAAAGCACAAAAUCCCUUCAAAAAACCCAGAAAAAUUUCCCUCCGCUCCUCUUCUUCCCCUCACGUUUAAUUUUUAUUUUUUCCGUUGAUUUUAACAAGAGAAGGACCGCUCCGCCCGCGCCGAUUCUGUCUCCGAUUUUAACGCUAGAGAGAAGAAAAAGAACACCCAAAAAAUCUACAAAAGAAAAAAAAAACCGGAAUAAGUAACGAGAAGUGAAGAAAAAACAAACAAAAAAAAUAACAAAAACGCAACAACACCGCAACUUGGGAAUCGGUAACGAGAGAGAGAGAAGCCCAGAGGAGAGAGACACUGCCGUCACUCCGACAUCGUCAAAACUUAACCACCAGACAUCAUGAAUCCAAGUGCUCCCAGCUAUCCUAUGGCAUCCUUGUACGUCGGGGACCUCCAUCCAGAUGUCACAGAGGCUAUGCUGUAUGAAAAGUUCAGUCCUGCGGGUCCCAUUUUGUCAAUCAGAGUAUGCAGAGACAUGAUCACCCGCCGAUCUCUCGGUUAUGCUUAUGUCAACUUCCAGCAGCCGGCAGAUGCUGAACGUGCUCUGGAUACCAUGAACUUUGAUGUCAUUAAAGGCAAGCCUGUCCGCAUUAUGUGGUCUCAGCGUGACCCAUCUCUGCGCAAAAGUGGUGUCGGCAACAUUUUCAUCAAAAACCUCGACAAAUCUAUUGAUAACAAAGCCCUAUACGAUACAUUUUCUGCCUUUGGCAACAUCUUGUCUUGCAAGGUUGUCUGUGACGAAAAUGGAUCGAAGGGCUAUGGAUUUGUACAUUUCGAAACCCAGGAAGCUGCAGAGAGGGCCAUUGACAAGAUGAACGGCAUGCUUUUAAAUGACCGCAAAGUGUUCGUCGGCCGUUUUAAGUCGCGUAAAGAACGAGAAGCUGAACUUGGCGCUAGAGCUAAAGAGUUCACAAAUGUAUACAUUAAGAACUUUGGUGAGGACAUGGAUGAUGAGCGGCUCAAGGAAAUGUUUGGCAAAUAUGGACCUGCUCUUAGUGUUAAAGUAAUGACUGAUGAAAGCGGGAAGUCCAAGGGAUUUGGCUUUGUAAGCUUUGAGAGACACGAGGAUGCACAAAAAGCUGUGGAUGAAAUGAAUGGCAAAGACAUGAAUGGGAAGGCCAUUUAUGUUGGACGCGCCCAGAAGAAAGUAGAGAGGCAAACUGAACUGAAGAGAAAGUUUGAACAAAUGAAGCAAGACCGAAUCACCAGAUAUCAGGGAGUCAAUCUCUAUGUAAAAAAUCUUGAUGAUGGAAUUGACGAUGAAAGAUUGCGAAAGGAAUUCUCUCCUUUUGGCACCAUCACCAGCGCUAAGGUCAUGAUGGAAGGUGGACGCAGCAAAGGCUUCGGCUUUGUUUGCUUCUCAUCUCCAGAAGAGGCAACCAAAGCAGUCACAGAAAUGAAUGGUAGAAUUGUAGCCACGAAGCCGUUGUACGUGGCUUUGGCACAGCGUAAGGAGGAACGUCAAGCCCAUCUGACCAACCAGUAUAUGCAGAGAAUGGCCAGCGUCAGAGCUGUGCCCAACCCAGUCAUCAACCCUUACCAGCCACCACCAUCCAGCUACUUCAUGGCAGCUAUUCCACCGGCUCAAAACCGUGCUGCAUACUACCCAGCUGGACAAAUAGCGCAGCUUAGACCUAGUCCCCGCUGGACAGCGCAAGGUGCUAGACCUCAUCCAUUCCAGAAUAUGCCCGGAGCCAUCAGACCUGCUGCUCCCAGACCUCCAACUUUCGGUGCAGUGAGACCGGCCUCUUCUGUCCCACGUGUCGUUCCAGCUCAGCGUGUUGCCAAUACUUCAACCCAAACAAUGGGACCUCGUCCUACAGCUGCUGCCGCAGCAGCAGCCGCCGCCACGUCCGGUGUGCGGGGUGUUCCUCAAUAUAAAUAUGCUGCUGGCGUUCGUAAUCCUCAGCAACACCUUAAUGCUCAGCCACAAGUCGCUAUGCAGCAGCCUGCUGUCCACGUGCAGGGACAAGAGCCCCUGACUGCCUCUAUGCUGGCCUCUGCUCCACCUCAGGAACAGAAACAGAUGCUGGGUGAGCGUCUCUUCCCUCUCAUCCAAGCCAUGCACCCAACCCUGGCUGGUAAAAUCACAGGAAUGUUGCUGGAGAUUGAUAAUUCUGAGCUUCUCCACAUGCUUGAGUCACCAGAAUCUCUCCGCUCCAAGGUUGAUGAAGCCGUUGCUGUGCUGCAGGCCCAUCAGGCCAAGGAAGCUGCACAGAAGGCCGUAGGCAACGCUGCUGGAGUGGCAGCCGUCUAACAUGCAUGCAAAUGGAACUUUAAAGAACUUCACUUCUUCUGAGAAAAAUAUCAAAACAUGGAAAAACCUUAAAUCUCUGAAAAACACUGCAAAACAUAAAAUCAAAUAAAAAAGGAAAGGAAACUUACAAUGCUUACGUACAAACAAAUGCCAGGUCUGGCCUAUCAGUGCCAGUCCUAGAUAUUUAAAAAAAAAAAUACAAAAAAAUAGUAAAAUAUAAAAACAAAUGGAAUUGUUUUUUUAAGACCCGGGGAAAGGCAUUUUGAACACAGUACGAGAAGUUAAGCAUUCCUUUCUUUGAUUUUGUAAUUCUUUAUUGUUGAAAAGCCCAGAAUUUCUCCACAGUUGGUAUUUUGUGGGAAAGAUAGCUGGGCAAAACAUAAUUUGGAUUAUAAAAUUCUUGCUUUAAUAAAAUUACUUAAAACACUG